AUGUCCAGCUUUGGACGGAAGUGCAUUUUCGAUCACCUAUUGGGCGCUGCCGAGGAGGGAGUCUGCCUGCGCAUUCACGGCAACUCAACUCGUAGAGUCCAUCCCAACUCACGCCUUGGUUUUUUCACAUUUAUCAGUUCUUUUAACCUGGCCCAUUUGCCAUCUGUCCCUCUUUCUAGUCUUUCUCCUUCUGGGGGAUCAGUGUCUAAAAUCACCGUUCUAAUUCAAGUUACCGUUCUAUUCUUCCUUGAUACCAUCAUAUGA